GCACAACAAAAUAUUCAAAAUCAACAAGACAAAUUCUCAUUUUCUCGGAUAGAACAGGCCAUGGAUACUACGAAUAGGAUUGUCGAGCUCGCCUUGCUCAUCGCAAAUAAGACGUUUAUGAUAAAUAACUUCCUCGUUGAGAAGGGGUUACCUACUCUUUCAUUGGACGCAGACGCUCCCAGGUUUCCACCCAUACCCGACCGCGACAACAUGGAAUAUACAAGAAACUGUGUGAUAGAAGCUUGCACGGAAUUAAGGGCUUUGAUGACUGGGCCUAGAGAUCUUUUGAGGUUCAAUUGGACUUCUCACAGCAGCGCAAAGGUUAUUCUCCAUUUCAAACUAGAUAAAUCGUUCCCAGUAGGGGAAUCUACCUCGUUCAAGGCUAUGUCGAAGUUUUCUGGCCUUAGCGAGAAAAAUGUUCAACGUGUUAUCAGACACGCUAUCACCCACCAUUAUCUAUUCCAGGAGAAAACGAGUGGGGUUAUCACGCAUUCCUCCUUAACAGCUAUUCUUUCUCGUGAUGAUGCCGCGCGUAACUCGCUUAUCGUUGAGCUAGACGAAAUUUGGCCCGCGGCGGUCAAGAUGGCGGAUGCUCUAGAAAAAUGGCCAGACUCAGAAGAAUGUAACGAAACAGCGUUUAAUCUUGUGAACAACACCAACAAGAGCAUGUACGAGAUACUCGCAGAAGAUCCCAUCCGCAGAGAAAGAUUCGAGCACUACCUCUCCCAGCCCGAUAUCUCAGACGACAAUGUUUUCUUUGAAAUCCCCUGGGAAGACAGGAGUACUAUGGUUCAGGUCGGAGGAUCGUACCACAAGAUCGCAAUUGGCGUCGCUCAACAGUUCCCAAAUAUGAAAUGCUUCGUACAGGAUCUUCCGGACGCAAUUGCGAGGGCCGAAUCACAAUUUCCCGCCGAUCUUCGAGACGGGGUCACCUUUAUGGUGCAUGAUUUCAUCAAUACACCGCAACCCCUCAGUGUAGACAUAUACAUAUUCCGAUCAACCAUGGAUAAUUUGGCCGAUAAUGAUUGCAUCAAGAUACUUCGGAAUCUCAUUCCAGCCCUAAAAAAGGGGGCAACGAUUAUCGUUUACGAACGGAUCUCCCCAGACCUACCCCGAUCCGGCUACCAUACCGAAUAUUCCCGGAGAGAUACAAAUUUCGAUAUGGGAAUGGCACAGCUUUUGAAUAAACCACAGCGCACUUGGGAUAUGUGGCACACACUAUUCAAUCAAAUAGAUUCGCGGUUCGAGUACAUAUGUGCUACCCGCCCGAACGGUUCCAUGUAUUCAUUUGUCGAGUUUGUAUGGGACCGAUAGGGGUAGCACUAUAUGUUGUGUUGUUGAUAAGGGGUCGUUCCAUCUUGUACCACAGAUCCAAUAAAGGGGCUAUGUAUUUCGGUACAUCACUAUCACGAACAAUUUUUUGGCUCUCUUCGAGUCAUUGAUAAUAUCAAAUAGAAUAGAGAUCCUUCUCCCAAAUAAAGUAAUUUAAUUGGGUAGGUAUAUAUGUCCACCCU